GGCGAUAAAGGCAGCUUUGACACAGCUAGAAACGUUCGAGGAUUUGCUAUCAAGUUUCGAACGAAUCAAGGAAUAUGGGAUCUUCUCAUGAAUAACACUCCAGUAUUUUUCCUUCGACAACCUGCAAAAUUUCCGAUUUUGAUUCACAGUCAAAGUCGGAGCCUUAUUACUAAUCUCCCUGAUGCGGAACAGGCUUUUGAGUAUCUGGCCGAUAAUCCAGAGGCCCUCAACCAAUUUCUGAGAACUCUUUCCGAUGCUGGGCUAGCAAAAGGUUGGCUUCAGACAGAAGCCUUCACAGGCCAUGCUUAUAAAUGGAUCAAGGCAGAUGGCUCGUGGGUAUAUGUCAAGCUUUGGUGUCGAAGCAAUCAAGGAUUGUCUAAUUUCACACUCGGAGAGCAAGCAGAUGUAGGAGACCCCGACUUUGGAGCACGAGCAUUAUAUACAUCAAUCAAUUCAGGAAAACUUCCAAGUUGGACAGUAUUUGCUCAAGUUUUAACUCCUGCACAAGCUUCAAAUUUUCGCUACAAUGUACUUGACGUCACAAAAGAGUGGCCUUUUUCGCUUGUUGAACCUCAUGAGAUUGGAAGAUUUGAAUUGAAUAAAAACCCAUCCAACUAUUUUACAGAGGUAGAACAAUUGGCAUUUUCACCCGGUAAUGUAGUUAGAGGUUGGGCUCCUAGCGAUGACCCAGUUCUACAA